ACGCGGGAAUAAACCUGGACGAGGUCUGCCUUGCCGGCCUUAGAUUCUAUGUUUCACGGUCCUGCAGUGACUUCUUCGUGACUUGUCAGCACAACGCCCGAAGACUUACCACGUCACCCUCACUUCACUGUACCCCACCCACUCCAAUCCAGUCCCAUGUCAGUUAUAUAUAUAUCCAGCGCCUCAUAACCUCUCUUUGAACCAUCGUCUAUUUUGAACGCCUCCCCGCCCACAAGAGCCAGCAACUGCUGCUGCUGUAAGCCAACAUGUCCGUCACUGGUCACUCGGCGCGUGGGUCUCUGCAGGUAUCGCGCACGGACCGUGGUUCGAUGCCCGGAGAAGAUGCUGAGAUCUUGGAGGUGAACGAGAAACACGGCCCGUUGUACAACGCUAUCCCCUGCAUGCCUGUCGGGGUGGCCGUGGUGCUGUGCAUUCUCAACAUUGUCAUACCGGGACUAGGU